GACCAUGUCGAAUUUGUGUUUGUCCGUCAAUUUCAGUUUUACCAUGCAGGACUUCUAUUGGUUCAUGAAACGCAUAAUUUUACUAUGUUGGACUCCGGUCCAUAAACGAACGAGAACACCAUCCCGGGUUGUUUUUAUUGGUCCGUAAAAUCAUAAAAAAUGCAACCGAGGAAAGCCCUUGUUUUGUUUUCAGUUAGACUGUUGGUGUUAUAAGCAGGUAGACUUUGGGAUGUUUUUAAAAUUGUUUAAUUUCGUUUCUAAUCACAGCAAAAGCUACAUCUUCAUCUAUCAUUCGUUGGCACUGACUAUUUAUUACGUGGCUGUGAUUGAAACAAAACAUACUGGGUUCUUCUAGGCGUCUGGGAGUCAGUUGUUUUGCUAAUAACUGUCUAAUCCAGCGGUUCUGGUUUGGACAUGGAAAAACGUUUCUUUGCGCCUUUAAUUUUAAAUUUACAGUAAUUACUACCAUGCGCCCCUGUAGAACAACGACGCAUGCGGAAGUGCCCUCUCAGGCCAAUAGCGCAGGCGAAAGUACAGUUACAGAUCAGCUGCGCAGGCGGAAGUGCCGUUACAGAUCAGCUGCGCAGGCGGAAGUACGGUGUAUUGCUCAGAUAUUCCUGUGCAGUCUUACGUGUUCACGGGUCGCGUGGGCGCCGCGUUCAGUUUUCGUCGGAAUGUGACAUUGAGUCGCUACUUAGCUUCAUUGCUAACUCAGGUGUUAGCUGAAGCGUUAACUAAGUCAGUGCCGCGCGAAUGAAAUAAAAGAGAUCUCGCACCCAGGCUUCACAGCACCCUGGUGAAGUUACCAUGUUCUUGCCUGCAUCUCUAUGUGAACAGCCUAAAUGACUGGCACUAGGAAGAACACGCAGCAUGCUGCUGCAAAGAUGGACCUUGCUUUUGGAUCAGUCAAGCCAUAUGGAUCCAGUCGGAGUAUCGUGAGGCGAAUUGCCAGCAGUCUCCCUCUUGCUCCUUGCCCUCGAGUCCGUUUUCAGCUCCAGCCGUACACUGAAGGAGCACGCUUCCUCAACCGCUCCCGUGAAAAGAAUGAGCUUGUGGCAUCCCUUGCCGAUGUCGCCUGGAUUGACGGUGAGGAUGACUUGUCCUCGGGACUCAGGUCCGGGAUGCAGCCGGGGUUCAUAUUCCGCUCCCACCAGAGGCAGGCGCACAAGAGGCCUGUUAGGAGACGGCGCUCUCUGCCUGCCGUCCACAUAGAGGAGUCGGAGCCUGAAGAUCCUGUUCUGGGUAGCACAGAGACCAUCCAGAAGAUCAGUGCCCUGGAGGCUGAGCUGGCCAGGCUGCGCGAACAGAUCGCUCAGAUUGUCCUGGCCCAGGAGCAGAACACACGGGCAGCUGCAUCUGGACCUGCUAUACCAGCUGCUGCACCUCCCCCACUAGAUUCUUCUCUGCCCUCACUGCUCUCACCACCUCCACCCCCACCCCCACCACCUCCACCCCCACCAUGCUCGCAGAGUACAUCAGCCAUAGACCUCAUCAAAGAGCGCCGAGGAAGGAAGGCCAUGGGCUCACAGCCUGAGCAGGACAACAAGCCGAAGCCGUCGGAGAUCCCCAACAUGCUGGACGUGCUGAAGGACAUGGACAAAGUUAAACUGCGUUCAGUCAAAAGUCGACCUGAGGGAGAGCGUGCCAAGCCCAGCGACUCCACAGAUGCUGCUGCACUUAUUGCGGAUGCUUUGAAGCGCAAAUUUGCCCACCGGUACCGGAGCGACAGUCAUGCAGAAAGUGACUUCAGCCUUCCUGUUCGUGAAUCGAAACCUCUCUCAGAGACGCCAUUGUUUGGGCAGCACAUGCUGAAGUCAACUGGAAAAAAGAAGCUUUUGUGAAUCCAGGCUUCUUUUUUAAAAAAAAAA